AUGGCGUCAAUUGAAAACUUUGCGUCCAAGUUAACGGCACUAGUUGUAGAUGACACUGAAAUCAUUCGAAAAAUUCAUCAAAAGAUGUUGAAUAGUUUAGGAGUGAAAAGUCAAGGUGCGAAAAAUGGGAAAGAAGCAUUGGAAAUUCAUAGUUAUGGCCAGAAAUUUGACCUAAUUCUCAUGGAUAAAGAUAUGCCUAUCAUGAAUGGCGUUGAGGCAACGAAGGAGCUUCGCGCCAUGGGAAUUUGUAGCACUAUCGUUGGAGUGUCAUCGCAUUCGAUGGAAGAGGAAAUAAUCAAGUUUAUGGAAGCUGGAUUAGAUGAGUAUCAAGAGAAGCCUUUGAACAAAGUGAAACUUACUUCUAUUCUUGACAAGAUGAAACACAAUCUUAUGUCCAAGUGA